AUGGCUUACCUGGAACGCAAGAGAAAAGUUUGUUACUAUUAUGACGGCGAUAUUGGCAAUUAUUAUUACGGCCAAGGACAUCCAAUGAAACCUCAUCGUAUUCGAAUGACACAUAACUUGGUCUUGAAUUACGGAUUGUACAGAAAAAUGGAAAUUUUUUCUAAUAAACAUUGUGAAUGUCUUGACAUAAAAGUUAACGUAGGUGAAGAUUGUCCGGUGUUUGACGGCCUUUACGAAUUUUGCCAAUUAUCGGGUGGUGGAUCUAUCGCCGCGGCCGUCAAAGUCAAUAAGCAGCAGACAGAUAUUGCCGUGAACUGGGCCGGUGGAUUGCAUCAUGCUAAAAAAUCUGAAGCAUCUGGAUUUUGUUAUGUCAAUGAUAUCGUGCUAGCUAUAUUGGAGUUGCUAAAAUAUCAUCAACGUGUCUUAUAUAUCGAUAUCGACAUUCACCAUGGCGAUGGCGUUGAAGAAGCAUUUUACACAACUGAUCGUGUAAUGACUGUUUCUUUUCACAAGUACGGUGAAUAUUUUCCCGGGACAGGAGAUAUUAGAGAUAUUGGAGCUAGCAAGGGCAAGUAUUAUGCUGUAAAUUUUCCAUUACGUGAUGGCGUAGAUGAUGAAUGCUACGAUCAAAUAUUUUCUCCUGUUAUUUCGAAAGUUAUGGAAAUGUAUCAACCCAGCGUCAUUGUACUUCAAUGUGGAGCAGACUCUUUAGCCGGUGAUCGUUUAGGAUGCUUCAACUUAUCCCUAAAAGGUCAUUCCGCAUGUGUUGAAUUUAUGAAGAAAUUCAAUCUUCCAAUUGUGUUACUUGGUGGAGGUGGUUACACAAUUAGAAAUGUUGCAAGAUGUUGGGCUCAAGAAACUUCUGCUGCACUAGGAGUUGAAAUUCCUAAUGAACUGCCAUAUAAUGAUUACUUUGAAUACUUUGGGCCUGAUUUUAAACUCAACAUCAGUCCAACCAACAUGACAAAUCAAAAUACACCAGAUUAUAUUGAUCGGAUUAAGACGCGCCUAUUUGAGAAUCUUAGAAUGUUGCCGCAUGCUCCUGGUGUUCAAAUGCAACCCAUUCCUUCUGAUGUGCAAUAUGAAUCUGAUGAAGAAGAAAAUGACCCUGAUACUCGAAUAUCAAUGCAUGAUAAAGAUAAGCGCAUUGCUUGCGAUGAGGAAUAUUCCGAUUCGGAAGAUGAAAAUGAAGGUGGCCGUCGUAAUCGUCAGGAAUACCAUCGACAUUUACAAAAACGCAUAAAAACAUUUAGCGAAAAUGAAGUAGCUAAAAUGAACGGUUCAAAACCUGUUGGAGAAGUUGCAAAACCUCCUGUACCAAAAAUUGAAGAGAACACUCAAGUCUCAGCUACAACUGAAACACUACAAGGUCAGAGAGACGUGCAGCCUAUGGAUAAAGAAUCAACGGCUCGUGAACCUGCCGCUCAUGACAACUCAUCCCAACAAAUGGAGAUUGAGGACGCUCAAAAAGUUAAGGAGCAGGAGAUAUCAAAUAAUGAAGGUGGUAAUAAGGAAGAAUCUUCUGCUAAAGCUGCAGAUUUGUCAGAAGUUAAGAUUGAGGAAUCUGAGAUAAAGUCUCAAGUACCAGAGGAAAACAGUACCAACAAAGAUACUGUUGAAGUUAAGAAUAAUGAUGGAAAGACACAACUUGACCAAACUGAACGUAAAGAGGCAUCUCCUGAACCAAUGCAACACUAAGCCGGGUAAUAUAAAUAUGUAGCUACAAUUGUCUUCUUGUUACAUAGGGAAAGCCUUGUAUCAUAAUACGUAUAAUUUUAGCGUAUGGUAUCAUCAUGAUUGUGCUAUUCCUCAAUUCUGUUUUGCUUUCCG